CCAUGCGGCAGCUCCAACAACACAGGAAGAAGAUGUGUUUGAUCAGCAGAUAGCGGUUAUUGAUUAGGAGGAACUAUGCGUCUGUUUUUAAACCAUCAGUGGAUUUGAGAAGUGCGCGAGUCAUGGACGCUUCAGCGAGUCUGUUGUUUGAGUAUGUUUUCUCGCCUGCAAACAUUGCGGGUUUGAUAGCGUUCGUGCUGGUUUUCUAUGUGCUGCAAGAGUACCAAUGGCAUCAGACAUACGCCAACAUCCCUCCGGGACCAAAGCCAUGGCCCAUCGUGGGCAACUUCGGGGGCUUCCUCGUGCCUCCUUUCAUUUUAAAACGUUUUGUGAAGAACAGCAAAGAGUUCGCGAAGGUGGUGUCGAACCCGCUGUCACCUCAGGCUGGACUCAUAGAGAUGUCCAAACUGUACGGGAACAUAUUCAGCAUUUUCGUCGGGCCUCAGCUGAUGGUGGUGCUGACGGGAUACGACGCGGUGCGGGACGCGAUGCUCAACCACACGGAGACGUUUUCUGACAGACCGCAUAUACCGCUCGUAACUAUUAUCACCAAGAGGAAAGGGAUUGUGUUUGCGCCGUACGGUCCGCUGUGGAGAAACAACCGCAGGUUCUGUCACAGCACUCUGCGCAGCUUCGGCUUCGGCAGGAUGAGCCUGGAGCCCUGCAUCCAUGAAGGCCUGGCUAUCAUUAAAACAGAGCUCCAGAGCCUCAUCGAGACAGCAGGCCCUUCUGGCAUUGAUCUGACUCCGCUCAUCAGCAAUGCGGUCUCCAACGUCAUCUCCUUAAUGAGUCUGGGUCAGCGCUUCCACCACGAGGACAAGGAGUUUCGAAACAUGCGGGAUCUCAUGUCUCACGGCUUGGAGAUCAGCGUCAACACCUCCAUUCUGCUGGUCAACGUGUUCCCCUGGCUCUACUAUCUGCCGUUUGGAGUCUUCAAGGAGCUGAGGCGAGCCGAGAUCGACAUUACGGCCUUCCUAAAGAAAAUCAUAGCAAGGCACCGGGCCACACUGGACCCAGAGAAUCCCAAGGACUUCAUCGAUAUGUAUCUUGUGGAGAUGCUGGCCAAGCAAAAGGAAGGCAGUUCGGAGGAAAACCUGUUCUCGGAGGAUGACCUCUUCUAUAUUAUUGGAGAUCUCUUCAUUGCAGGCACCGACACGACAACUAAUAGCUUGUUGUGGAGCAUUCUCUAUAUGUCUUUGUAUCCUGAUGUGCAAGAGAAAGUUCAGAAGGAGAUCGAUGCAGUUGUGGGAUCUGAGAGAGUGCCUUCUUUGACCGAUAAGGGCAGUUUGCCGUACACUGAAGCCACUAUUAUGGAGGUGAUAAGGAUGACUGUUGUGGUUCCUCUGUCCAUACCACAUAUGGCCUCAGAAACCACUGAGUUCAGAGGGUUCACCAUCCCUAAAGGAACGGUUAUUAUCCCAAACCUCUGGUCAGUACACAGGGAUCCCACAGUGUGGGAAAAUCCUGAUGACUUCAAUCCAGCACGAUUUCUGGAUGAACAAGGAAAGAUUGUCAGGAAAGACUGCUUUAUUCCUUUUGGAUUGGGGCGCAGAGUGUGCAUGGGAGAGCAGCUGGCUAAGAUGGAGCUGUUUCUGAUGUUCACCAGCCUGAUGCAGACAUUUACAUUCAGGUUUCCCGAGGGAGCAACUGCUCCUUCCAUGCACGGACGCUUCGGCCUGACUCUGGCUCCAUGCCCGUUCACUGUCUGCGUCCAAACACGCUGAACGGGCUUUACAAAAUGUCAUUACCAAAGCAAGGAGUCAUCAUUGGGGAGCAAAUUGCACAGGUUGACCAUAAAGGAGAGUUGUCCUUUGGACCAUAAACAAAAGUAAGGGCCUUUUUAGUUGUAUGAUGAAGCAAAAGCUUUUUAGGUUAUUUUUAUAAAAAGGUCCAGAACAUUUUCAAGAAAAAAAAUGCACAUACACUGUAAAAACAAUUAUGCUAAUUACAUUGCCUGUAGCUUGUUGUUGAAGGGUGUUUUCCAUUUAUUUAGUCUUUUGAAUUGCACUAUGAGACCUUGAUCUCUGCUCUAACAAAUAUUUCUCUUUAAAAAGUUUACCAGAGUGACUUUUAUUGACGUUUUAUUAGUUUGAAAAGAUAUAUCGUCUACAUCAGAGGUGCCAAACUCAGUUCUUGCAUGUCCGCAGCCCUGCACAGUUUUGUUUUAACACACUUAAGCUGCGGUCACACUAGAGUAUUAGAGUACUGUGCUGCGAAAAGGGCCGGGAUUAAACAAGAUGAUUACAUGUUAAAAAAACGAGCGACUGCUCCAUCUUAUAAAUUUCUGUACAGCGAGGUCAUGUUUUGAUCUUCUAUUGGGCUCACGCAAUGACGUGAUGCGACUUUGCAGGGAAUAGUUUACCAUACUUGAACUUUCCAAUACAGCGACACGCAAAACUUGUCGCACAAGCUUGCAUUUCCGGGCUGCCUAAUUUGCAUGAAUAUGAAUGGACGUCUAUGGAGUGAAAAAACUGCAAUGUGACCACAGUUAUUAGUUUGAUCAGGUCUGUUUAAUUAGGGUUGGAACUAAACUGUGCAGAGCUGCGGCCCUCCAGCAACUGGUCUACAUUAAUCACGUAAACUAUGGUGCAAAACCUAGGUAAUGAGCAGGGCCAGACAGAAUAUUUUUUGGACAUUUUUUUGCCAUUUCUGCGAAUUAGUUUGUAAAAAAAGCAAGGAAAUAUUACUUUACAAACUGUUUAGUAAAUAAAUCAUAUAUGCACCAUAUACGAGCUGCCAGUACUACUUGUUUUGGUGUACAGAUUUAAUCAUAAGUAUGAUAUGUCUUGUACAAUACAUUCAUUCAUUUUCCUUCGGCUUAGUCUCUUUUUUUAUCAUUUAUCAGGGGUCGCCACAUCGUAAUGAACCGCCAACUUAACCAGGAUAUGUUUUACACAACAGAUGCCCUUCCAACUGCAACCCAGUACUGGGAAACACCCAUACACACUCAGACACGCACAUACACUACGGCCAAUUUAGUUUAUUCAAUUCACCUAUAGCGCACGUCUUUGGAAUGUGGACAAAACAAGAGCACCUGGAGGAAACUCAUACCAACACGGGGAGAACAUGCAAACUCCACAUAGAAAAGCUAACUGGUCCAGCUGGGACUUGAACCAGCAACCUUCUUGCUGUGAGGCGAGAGUGCUAACCACUGAGCCACCUGUACAAUAUAUUAUUAGAAGAAUAUAUAUAU